GUGUGGCAAGGACAAGUCGGAGUGCGGUUCGCUCAUAUGGCACAAAAAGAAAACAUUGUUAAUGAAUUAAAACUUAGAGCAAAAGAAAAUAUUAUUAUUAGUCAAAAUGCUGCGCACACUUAUUAUUGAUCUAAAUAAAUUGCGGCUAAAUCCAGUAGUGGUUACACAAGUGCGGGAGAAAGGACAUUUAUCCAGACCUCGUUUGAGAAAUCCUUAUUGGUUUGUACGCAAAGAUAGAUUGGCUCGUGAUACUACUGUGACAACAGAAAAUAAAGCGUUCGUAAAGGAAGUAAUAAAGGACAAAUACGGACCACCGGCAAUUAUUAAAGGUAUACCUUCAUACGACCAAUCGGCUCUUAUAAAAACAGAACAAUUUGAGCGACAGCCAUGGCAUGAAAAAGCACGUCGUUGUGGUCUUAUUGCACGUAAAAUUGGACAGUAUCCACUUUGGUUAAAAAAUGGAGAACGUAUACGUACUACAUUGCUACAGAUUGUGGACAAUCAUGUAAUUCGUUAUAUACCGCCAGAGGAAUAUCAACCUGCGCAGAAGCCUAAUGUUGCCAAUCUAAAUAAAUAUGGUUGCCUGUUGGUGGGUGCUGAGUCAGUAGAUCCCUCUACAUUAACCAAAGAGUAUUGCGGAUUGUUUCGAGAUUCUGGAGUUAUGCCUAAACGUAACAUUGCGCGAUUCAUUAUUUCUCCAGAAGCAGCGAUAACUGCUGGCACACCAUUAAAUGUCGCACACUUUAGAGUGGGUGAUUUUGUAGAUGUGCGAGGCAAAACUGUCGAUCAUGGCUUCCAGGGAGUAGUAAAACGUCACGGAUUUAAAGGAAUGCCUGCAUCUCAUGGUGUAACAAAAACACAUCGUCGUGCUGGUAAUAUAGGUGGUGGUGGCGAAAAAGGUCGUGUAUGGCCGGGCACAAAAAUGCCUGGUCAUAUGGGUAACCGUUGGCGUAUAGCGAAAGGAAUGCGUAUUUGGCGCAUCAACACCAAGUACAAUGUUAUGUGGGUUCAAGGCAGUGCCAUCCCUGGACCCACUAACGGACUUGUUUAUAUAUAUGAUACAAUUUUACCGCUACGAAAACAUAAAACCGCUCCACCUUUCCCCACAACUUUUGAAGAAGAAGUAGAAGCAUUAACUGGGCCAUCAGAUGAUAUAUGGUACGAAGAGGUACAUAAUUUCAAAGACGAUACUAUAACUUAUCAACCAGAAAGUAAUUAAAGUACAGCUUGUUAAUGAAAUUGUUGUAAAUUUAUUUAAAAUAUACCACCCCUGUUAUAUCCAUAUAUGCCACCUAUGUUUAAUACACAUUCUCAAUAGUAUAUUAAAUAUUGUAUUAUAUAAAUCAG